GGGGGUCUGAAGCUGCCCGGCGCGCACGUCGUGGUAACUGGAGGCUCCAGUGGAAUUGGAAAAUGUAUUGCUAUUGAAUGCUAUAAGCAAGGUGCUUUCAUAACACUGAUUGCAAGGGAUGAGAACAAGCUGUUGCAGACGAAGAAGGAAAUAGAAAAGUACUCUGUUAAUGACAAGCAGGUUGUGCUUUGUAUUUCCGUUGAUGUGUCCAAAGACUAUGAACAGGUGGAGAACGUUCUAAAACAGGCUCAGGAGAAGUUGGGGCCAGUUGACAUGCUUGUAAACUGUGCAGGAACAUCAGUUACAGGAAAAUUUGAGGAUAUUGAAGUGAAUUCUUUUGAAAGAUUAAUGGCAGUCAAUUACCUGGGUAGUGUUUACCCGAGCCGAGCAGUAAUCGCUACCAUGAAGGAACGCAGGAUGGGAAGGAUUGUAUUUGUAUCAUCUCAGGCUGGGCAAUUAGGCCUCUUUGGAUAUACUGCUUAUUCUCCAACGAAAUUUGCUCUUCGAGGGUUGGCUGAAGCCCUGCAAAUGGAGGUAAAACCUUACAAUGUCUACAUAACGGUGGCCUAUCCUCCAGAUACUGAUACUCCUGGCUUUGCGGAAGAAAGUAAAACAAAGCCCUUAGAGACAAAGCUGAUUUCUGAAACCUCAUCUGUUUGCCAAGCAGAGCAAGUCGCCAGAGUUAUAGUGAAAGAUGCCAUACAAGGGAACUUCAACAGCUCAGUUGGAUCAGAUGGUUACAUGCUGUCAAUAUUGACAAGUGGAAUGUCACCAGUCACUUCUAUUACUGAAGGUCUUCAGCAGGUUGUUUGCAUGGGCAUUUUUCGCAUCAUUGGCCUAUUUUACCUAGGAAGUUUUGACAGCAUAGUUCGUCGCUGCAUGAUGCAAAGGGAAAAAUCUGAAAGUGCAGAUAAAACUGAGUAAUCUUUACUUUGAGUGGAAAGAAGAAUGUCAAGCGGUCCUGGACAGCUUGCUGCUUAAGUGGGACUCAGUUUUGCUCCUGAAGGAUUUAGGCUGGAAGUACUUGCAUGUGUGACAGAGGAGUCCCCUCAAAAGCUAUGAAAGAAAAAACAAAAGUACAAAUCCAGAAAAUGCCAAACUAUGCAAAAGUGUGAAUGAGGAUUAGAUACCUUUUUUUUUUGGUAGUUUGAGUUGGAAAGAGUUUGGAGAGCUUGUAAGUGAUCUGCAGAGUAGAAUUUGAGAAUGGACUAUGUGUGGUAAUUCUGGACAAAUACUUAAGUUUUCUUACUUUGGUGCUUAUGGAUGAAAUAAGUACCAUGACAGACCAGGCUGAAGUAGAUUGAAGUCCCCUGAACAAGUUGGUACCUUUUGCUAACUUUUUGGGACUACUUUUGAUUUAGAAUGUUAACUUUUCCUUUGGCCAAUCUACAGAGCCUUCUGUCAAUGACAGCUUUCCUUAUUCUGUCCAACAUACAACUGUGGAAACCUGAAGAUGGCAAAUAUGUUUGUAUGAUCCAAGCUUUCUCAGUGUGGGAGUAAUUAAAAAGUAUGGUUUAAUAUAUGCAUACUUUCUAAAGGGAGAUGAAGAACCCGUUCCCACAGAGAAAUGCUAGGAGAUGUGAUUGGGUCUGUAGCUCUUCUGGCCUUUGAAGUAUGUUGUGAACAAAAAAAAAAAAAA